AGGAAGGCGGGAGGACGCUGCCGGGAGGCGCGGAGGGGCUCGGAGCGGCGCUGCUCGGAUUGCUUGGGUUCGGCUCGGUUCGGCUCGGCCCGGCCCCGAGGCGGCAGCGCACCGAGGGCUCUUCGCAGAGCCCCGGUGCGCUGCGUGAGGAGCGGCAGAGGCGGGUGGCACCACCAUGACAACAGAGAAGAGCCCAGCGGCAGACCCCGAAAACUCAGAGCAGCAGCAGGCGAAGGAGGAGGAAGGGGCUGCCAACACACAGAAGCAGGAGGCGUCCCCAGAGCAGGGGUCGGGGCCCAAGCAGAAGGCAUCCAACGGCAACACACCCACGGCUGAGGAGCAGGGCCGGAAGGAGCGCCGUGCCUCCGAGGGUCGAGGUCUCUCCCGCCUCUUCUCCUCCUUUCUCAGGAGGCCCAAGUCCCAGGUGUCUGAGGAGGACAGAGACACCGAUGUGCCCAAGGAGGGCGGAGGGGACCAGAAGGACUCAGGGGUAGGAGCCAACCCUGACGAGGAGGAGGAGAUCCUGGUGAAGGCCCCGAUUGCGGCUCCCGAACCGGAGCUGAAGACAGAUCCAUCUCUUGACCUCCACUCCUUAAGCAGUGCAGAAACGCAGCCUGCGCAGGAGGAGAGGAGGGAAGAGCAGGAAUCGGACAGCAAAGACCUCGAGGGCAAGGAAGGAGGUGAAGGGAAGGAGGAGAGCGCUGAGGCAGAGCUGAAGCCAGAGGCUGCAGAGCCCAAAGCAGACAAGGAUCUGAAAGCUGCCCAGAGAUCCAUAAGAAGACACAGAAACAUGUACUGCAAAGUUGUCUUGCUGGAUGACACCAUCUUCGAGUGUUCUGUGGAUAAACAUGCCAAGGGGCAGGAUCUACUUAAGAAAGUCUGUGACCACCUUAAUCUACUGGAAGAAGACUAUUUUGGUUUGGCCAUAUGGGACACGCCAACCUCCAGGACGUGGCUGGAUCCUACCAAAGAAAUAAAAAAACAAGUUCAUGGAGGCCCCUGGGAUUUUACUUUCAAUGUCAAGUUUUAUCCUCCGGAUCCUGCUCAGCUGACAGAGGAUAUAACGAGGUAUUACUUGUGUCUUCAGCUUCGACAAGACAUCAUCUCAGGGCGGCUGCCUUGUUCCUUUGCCACUUUGGCUCUGCUGGGUUCCUACACAGUGCAGUCAGAGCUGGGGGACUACGAUCCUGACCUGCACAGCACAGAUUACAUCACUGAAUUCAAACUGGCUCCAAACCAGACCAAAGAGCUUGAAGAGAAGGUUGUGGAACUUCAUAAAACCUACAGAUCCAUGACUCCAGCCCAAGCAGACCUGGAAUUCCUUGAGAAUGCAAAGAAGCUGUCUAUGUAUGGAGUUGACCUUCACCACGCCAAGGACUUGGAAGGGGUGGAUAUCACUCUGGGAGUCUGUUCCAGUGGCCUUCUUGUUUACAAAGAUAAGCUGAGAAUCAACCGCUUCCCUUGGCCCAAAGUCCUGAAGAUUUCCUACAAACGCAGCAGCUUCUUUAUUAAGAUUCGCCCAGGGGAGCAAGAGCAGUACGAAAGCACAAUUGGAUUCAAGCUACCAAGUUACCGGGCAGCAAAGAAGCUGUGGAAAGUAUGUGUUGAACAUCACACAUUUUUCAGGCUGACUUCGACUGAGGCCAUCCCCAAGAGCAGAUUCCUGGCUCUGGGCUCCAAGUUCCGUUACAGUGGGCGGACGCAGGCGCAGACCAGGCAGGCGAGUGCCAUGAUUGACAGACCUGCACCCCAGUUUGAGCGCACAGCGAGCAAGAGGGCCUCCAGGAGCCUCGAUGGAGCUAAACGUGCGACUCAAAAAGUUGAGUUCAGAGCCGUAGAGGAAGAGAAGCAGGAGGAGGUGGUGGUGGUUGAGGUUCCCGAACCAAAACCCGUGGAUCAGUUCCGAGAGAAGCCAGCCAAGCACGCGCUUGAAAGUUUUGAAAUGAAACCCAUUGCAGAGGAGGAAGAGGAGGAGGAGGAGAAGGUAGAGGUGGCUCAGGUUCCCAUUGCUGAGCCAAAGCUGCCGGACCUGGUGCAGCAGCAGUCAGCCACACAUGCCUCUGGCACUGUUGAGAUAAGCCCAGUAGAAGAAGAGGAGGAGGAGGAAGAAAAAUUGGUGGUGAUGGGAGAGCUAAAGCCAGCCCUGAAGGAGCCAGCUGUGGCAGUGAUAACACCUGAGAGGAGCCCCCGGCCCACCUCUGCUCCUGCCAUCGCCCAGAGCCACGUGGCUGAGGCAGCCCCAGCUAAGCCUGAUGCCAAGGAAGCCCUCGCUGCAUCAAAAGUAGAAAAGGAAGCACUGAAAGCUGAGGCGAAGCGUGAGGAGGUCCUCCCAGAGAGAGCCAAAGCAGAGCAAGCUGAGGCAUCUAAGGUGAGGAAAACGCACAUUGAGGUCACAGCACCCACUACGGCUGGUGACCGACCCCAGAAGCAGCCUGCAGAAAAAGAGGAAGAGCUGAUAAGAAUGAGGAAGAAGAGAUCAAAGAGACUAGAUGGUGAAAACAUUUAUAUCAGGCAUAGCAAUUUAAUGUUGGAGGAUCUAGAUAAGACCCAAGAAGAAAUAAAGAAGCACCACGCCAACAUCAGCGAGCUGAAGAAGAACUUCAUGGAGUCUGUCCCCGAGCCUCGCCCGAGUGAAUGGGACAAACGUUUGUCCACUCACUCCCCGUUCCGAACGCUCAAUGUCAACGGGCAGAUUCCGUCGGGAGCGGAUGGAGUAAAGAAAGUCACUGUCCUAUCUUCUGAGAGACAGAAUAUGAAUGACUUUCUCUGCAGAGAGGAUGUGGCUGAAGAGCCAAAGUGGAAAAGUGUUAACCCUGGCUUUGAAUGGGAGGGCCCAAAGCAAUCGGUAGCUUUUAGCGAGACCCCAGUGCCGCUCACCUGCGAGCCUCCUCCACGUGGUGCAUCCCCCGCCAGCAGCCAGGACCACGAGGAGGAGCUGAGCCGUGCCCAGGGCCUGUGUGCAGCUGCGGAAGAGCUGGUGGCUGGCUCUGAGCUGCCUGAGCCCGCCGCAGUCCCCGCUGCCCCUCUGCUGCAGCCCCAGGGAAGAGCGGAGGUGGCGGAGGCCGGCGAAGACAGCUUGGUGGCAGAGCUGCAUGGCAAAUGUCACCGCUCGAGCAGUGCGAGCGAGCUGCCCGUGGUCAUUCGCUGCUUCCAGCCACCCCUAGUGAAGACACAGACAGUCACCAUCUCAGACGUGUCCAAUGCUGUCAAAAGUGAAAUUCCCACAAAAGAAGUUCCCAUUGUUCACACGGAGACGAAGACCAUCACCUACGAAGCUGCACAGACAGAUGGUGGCAAUGGAGAUUUGGACCCUGGCAUCCUGCUCACUGCUCAGACCAUCACAUCAGAGACCACCAGCAGCACCACCACCACACAGAUCACCAAGACUGUGAAAGGUGGCAUUUCAGAGACACGGAUUGAGAAGAGGAUUGUCAUCACAGGAGAUGCAGAUGUGGACCAUGACCAGGUCCUCGCUCAGGCCAUAAAGGCAGCGAAGGAGCAGCACCCGGACAUGUCGGUGACCAAAGUGGUUGUGCACCAGGAGACUGAGAUUGCAGAGGAGUAGCAGGGCUGAGAAGUGUUCUUUCCAGAUGAUACCAGGAAAUAAAACGGAGCAGAACUACAAAACAACUACCUGGAGCACAGAGACCUCAGAGCUACACGACUUUAUCCUCACAGACUGAACAUUCAUAUCACUUAGCAGGAUUUACGCUUCAGCAUUUUACUUGGGAUUGUCCAGAAUGCACUGGAUCCUAUUGGAUAUAGUUUGUUGGUUGUUUUUUAUAUAUAUAUAUAUAUACAUAUAUAUAUAUAGUGACAAACAGUAUGCCAUAUUUCUAACUGUACUAAAUAUUUUUACAGGUUUUCAAUUUUGCAUUCCCUCUCACAGCUUCUUCAGAUGCAGGCUCAGACACAACCCGCAGGGCUCUUAGGGUUGCUUGGUGGGUUUUUCUUGGUAGUUUUGUUGUUGUUGUUGCUGUUGUUGUUGUUUUAAAGUCUCAUUCCCUCAGCCUGGCUAUAGGCAUCGUGGAGGUACAGCCACGUCAGAGCUUAUCCUGACUGCAGGAUUUGUACACACCUUCAGAAAGCAGUGGGUCUUUCUGCCAGAAGAGCCACUUGAAAAGGUCAGACUUGAGUCUGUGCAGCAUUUCCAAUCAAUUACCUCUGUUUGUAGCUGUAGGCAGUGUGAGACACCUGCAGAACACCCAGGCACAGAGCAGGGCUUCUACCUUCACCGUGAGCUGCAAAGAACCAUUCAGGUUGGGAAUCUCAGAUCACCAUCCCAGCCCCCCCAUGCCCACCCAGCCCUCAUCCUUUGGACUUUCAUCAUCUUUGGGUGUUGGACCCCCAGUGUCUGAACGCAGGAGGGUGGUGAGGUGUAACACAUGCACACAUCCUCGUGGGUGGCUAGCUUAAGGAAUACUGGAAGUUGCUUCACUUAUACUGUGAAUUCCAGAGCUUUGAGAGGACUGUGGCAGAUAAUUCCCCUCCUUCUAUGCAUCCCUGCUGAGUGCUCCCUGCCUGGUUGUGUUUUCUAGAUGUCAUUAAAUUGAAAAGCCCUUAGAAGUGUGCAUUUAGUACAUUUGGACUCUGGAUGCUGUUAAGAUGGUCGUAUGCAGCAUUCACAGAACUGAUUUUUUUUUCUGUGUCAUAGGUUUUCACUUGUUGGUGUUCUGAAUUUUUAAAUGAGGUUUUUUUUUUCCCCUGUUGUGGGUUGUUUUUGUUUUUUUCCCCCCUCCUGGUGCUAUUUAAAGCUGAACACGUUACCCACAUAUCAGGGCAAGGUGUUGCAUCCUGCUUUCAUUUAACUUAAAAUCCUAUGGCCAGUCCUUCCCCAGGCCUGCAGGCUGCAUUGGGAGAGGAAACCUUGGGAGGUGUCACACUGCUGGUUGCAAUAAAGCCAAUUGUGGAAAGCAGUGCAGCACUCUGGGGGUGCUGCCUCCCCUCCUGCAUGCUGGGGAAGGAUCUGUCCUUCGUGGCUGCCUUGCUGGAACGAAACACCAGGGCUCUUAUCUGCAUCUUUGGGCUGAGCUUACAGACCACGUAGAAAAUGUCUUCAAAAUAUAUAUUAAAAAGAAAGAAAGAAAGAAAGAAAAAAAGAAAGAAAGAAAGAAAGAAAAGCACACAAUGUGAAGUUUGUUUGUGGAAGCCCCAGCCCCCUCACAGCCAUUCCCAAAGCCUUGGCCAUCCCCACUCAGUGGAUGUGAUCCAGGUCUCACUGCUGGUCCCUCCAUUGGCUCCCAGUGCUGAGCUCCAUGGGGAUGCUGUCACCAUGCCCUGGUUUCUCCUUCCAGCAUUUAAACACGAAAAAAUCAAGCUGUUUAUACUCUGCCUAACGCUUGUGAGCAGUAAGACUUGGAAGAUGCAAUUUUCUAUGAUUUUUUAUUUAGUGUAGUGUGGCACAUAAGUAGCUGAAGGCGUGGAGUGCUCUGCUGCCGCUCCCCAGUCAAGGAUGGAGGAAAAUGGCAAUAAAAACCCCCUGCUCUCUGCUCUUUUAAACUUGAAUGAUUUGUUUCUGAAGUCACUGGAGUUAGCUGAGGCUGCGGGGACAGCAAACAGCCCUCAGACUGCAUUGUGGCUCCGCGUCACUUCUCCCAUUCAGGUGUCGUUAAGCUGUCAGUAUUGAUCGGAGCCCACGCUGAGAACACUGGGGCUGCUGGAUGUUGCUGUGAGCCUCAUGGAUGGCUGAGCUGCAGCCUCCCCUCCGGCUGCUCCAGGGCUCCCUGCCCUCCUGGAGCAUCCUGUGCUGCCCAUUAGCUCACACCUUCCUACAUCCACCUGAGCAGCCCCCUUCCGUAACGCAGCAUCUCUGCUCCCUUUCCCUUUUCCAGGAGCUGAGUUCUUUGCUCCUGCCUUGUCGGCCAGGAGCUGGGUGCACAUUAAGAGAAUUUCAGAGCUUUACAGUGGCGAAUUGAGCACUUAGAGGCACUCAGCACUCACAAGAGUUGAGGGGAGCACCAUGCAAGGCUGGGCGACGUGCAGUCGUGAGAGGCGUUACCCAAGAGGCUGCACCAGUGUGCACGAGCACAGCUGCAAAUGCCAAUGCUAAGAGGUCACAGAAUAGAAUAGCUCUUUUUUUGUUCCUAUUUUUUUUUUUUUUUCUAUUUUUCUUCCUGCAUUUUAGGUGGUUCUUUUCAAGCUGUUCAUCCUCACGCUUCCCCUCUUUUCACCUCUCGCUUCCCUCGAGCGCUUCAGACAAGACAGAGUUCCUCCCCAUGGUGAGAGCUCUUGCUGGGGUGGCUUUGGGCAGCAAAGUGCUGCUGGGCACCAGGCAGCUCCUGCCUGUGGGGUUGAAGGCAGCAGCAGGCAGCACUGCUCUGUGCAGCAUUGCUGUCAUUGCUGUGUGCAUUGCUGUGUGCAUUGCUCUGUGCAUUGCUCUGUGCAUUGCUCUGUGCAUUGCUCUGUGCAGCAUUGCUCUGUGCAUUGCUCUGUGCAUUGCUCUGUGCAGCACUGCUCCAGCUGGCAGCCCCGGUGUGCAUCCCACACCCCUUCCUGCACCAGGUUGUUAAAGCUCGCUGUGUCAGGGACAAAGCAACUAAGGUCUAUUUUUAUGAAUGUUCCCAGCUCUUCCCACUCCACGAAUUCACCCAGAGACUGUCUUGAUUGUAUAAUAGACAUUAUAUGGAAGCUAUUUAUAUAUGAAUGAAUGUUUUUAUAGAAGGAGCGGAGCUCAUGACCCGUGCUCAUCCAUUGAACCUGGCUCCAGUCAGCAAACAGCAAUUUCUGGGGUGUUACCCACGGCCUGUCUGAUUUCUGGUUUAAAGAACUGUGGUUUGCCGAUUUCCUAAUUGUACAAUUGCCUGAAGAGGUGGUAGUGCCCUGACCUUAGAGAUUAAACUUGUAAAAAAACACACAAAAAAAGUUAGCUGAGAUAUGAAGGAGCUUUGUAAAGUCUUUAAGGCAAUGGUGAAUUGUCUAGGCUAGCUGUUUACACCCUUCUUUAUAAAAAUAGAGACUUAUUGGCAGAUCUUUAUAGAUUGACUAGUGAUGGGAGCUGUUAUUUUGGACUUUCAUAGUAAAUCAAAGGGAAAGUUGCCGUAGCCUUUAGACAGAUGUAAGUGUUGGUAUUGCUUCUUGUAUUGCAUUUUUCAAUAAAUUUUCAAACAAAACCACA